UGGGUCUAGGAGAAGAAGAACGCGACCCCUUUCCUGGGGGGACCCUAUCUCUGGUCUAGGAAAAACCGAAGGUGUAUCAAGGUGUCCGGGUGAAGAUCACAGUGAAGGAGCUGUUGCAGCAAAGGAGGGCACACCAGGCAGCCUCAGGGGGAACCUUGUCCGGAGGCACCAGUAUCCACCUUUCAGAUCCAGUCGCACCAUCUUCUGCAGGAUUGUAUUUUGAGCCUGAAUCAAUGUCUUCCACACCAAAUUAUUUUCAACCCCGAGAAUUUAACACUUGUGUUUCUUGUGAAGAAAAUCCAAGCUGCCUGGACCAGAUCUUUGAUUCCUAUCUUCAGACUGACACACUGUCAGAGCCGUUGCCCAACUGCCCGCAAAGUCCUCCACACUAUUUCCCAGACAGCUUCCCGGCCACCCCUUUCUGCUUUAACCAGAGCCUGACCCCAGGAUCACCUUCAGAUUCCUCCACUCUCUCUGGCUCCUUAGACUACAGUUACUUACCGGCUCAGCUGCCUUCAUACCCUCCGGAUAAUUACAGUUCUCCCCCUUCUCUGGACACCCUAAACCAUGGCCAUUCUCAGGAAGACUACUCCUACCAUCAUUUGCCCUCACAUGCCCAGUACAACUGCUUCCCUGCAGCCACAGCCUCCGUCUGCUACUGCGCAUCCUGUGAGGCGGAGCACUUGGAGGCAGUCAGAACAGCUGAGUACUUCUACCCCAGCACCGACUGCAUGGACUUCGCACCCUCGGCCGCCACUGCCAGUGAUUUCUAUAAGAGGGAAACAAACUGUGACAUCUGCUAUAGUUAAUAGAAACGACACUAAUUUGGAACAUGGCGUGGGUAUAGCUACUUUUCUACCACAUCUAGAUAACACUUUGCAUUAUGCAACCUGUUAACAAAAUAUCACAGACACAGUUUACAUGUCACUGUUUUCAAUUUUC